AUGGAGAACAAUACCAACGACGCCAAUACCAACGACGCCAAUACCAACGACGCCAAUACCAACGACGCCAAUACCAACGACGCCAAUACCAACGACGCCAAUACCAACGACGCCAAUACCAACGACGCCAAUACCAACGACGCCAAUACCAACGACGCCAAUACCAACGACGCCAAUACCAACGACGCCAAUACCAACGACGCCAAUACCAACGACGCCAAUACCAACGACGCCAAUACCAACGACGCCAAUACCAACGACGCCAAUACCAACGACGCCAAUACCAACGACGCCAAUACCAACGACGCCAAUACCAACGACGCCAAUACCAACGACGCCAAUACCAACGACGCCAAUACCAACGACGCCAAUACCAACGACGCCAAUACCAACGACGCCAAUACCAACGACGCCAAUACCAACGACGCCAAUACCAACGACGCCAAUACCAACGACGCCAAUACCAACGACGCCAAUACCAACGACGCCAAUACCAACGACGCCAAUACCAACGACGCCAAUACCAACGACGCCAAUACCAACGACGCCAAUACCAACGACGCCAAUACCAACGACGCCAAUACCAACGACGCCAAUACCAACGACGCCAAUACCAACGACGCCAAUACCAACGACGCCAAUACCAACGACGCCGAUACCAACGACGCCGAUACCAACGACGCCGAUACCAACGACGCCGAUACCAACGACGCCGAUACCAACGACGCCGAUACCAACGACGCCGAUACCAACGACGCCGAUACCAACGACGCCGAUACCAACGACGCCGAUACCAACGACGCCGAUACCAACGACGCCGAUACCAACGACGCCGAUACCAACGACGCCGAUACCAACGACGCCGAUACCAACGACGCCGAUACCAACGACGCCAAUACCAACAUCAGCAGUCACUCGAAUCAUCAUCUGGCUGAGUUUUAUGAGUUAAAGCAGGCGGGGGCUGAAGUUGGAGAUCAGCCUGAACAUUAG